UCUCUAUGGCCUAGUAAUAGACCCGGGAGAAGCGCAUCAGAUGUGGAGACUUCAUGAACCUUGAGGGUAUUGUUGAGAACUGAGAUUUACAUAAACCUUUAUCUAAGCGAUGCCGCUGGACGCCGCCGAAGUCGCAAAGCACAAUACACUCUCCUCGUGUUGGAUCGUGAUAAGUGGCAAGGUGUACGACGUAACACCGUAUCUCGAACACCACCCCGGCGGAGCAGCGAUCCUAGCAAGACAAGGCGGACGAGACGCCACAUCCGAGUUCCGCACCGUUCAUCCGCCAGAGGUAGUAGAAUAUCUCCCGAAAGGUAGCUUCCUCGGCGAAACAGACGCCAAAGCUCUAGCAACCCUCACCAUGGCAUCCACAAAAAAGCCGACACCGGCACCGGCACCGGAACCGGCAACUCCGCCAGACUCCGUACCCCUACUAAUCCCACCCGAAGAACCGCGCACCAAGGAACCACUUCACAUAGCGCACGUAGUCACACUCCCGGACUUCGAAACCGCGGCUAAAUCCGUCUUCUCGCGGAACACGUACUCCUACAUCUCCAGCUCCGCCAACACCGGCUUCUCACUCGCCAACAACCUCGCCUCCUGGUCCCGGAUAACCUUCCGCCCACGCAUCCUCCGGCCCGUGCAAUCCGCCACCCCACACUCCUCAAUCCUCACCCACCGCACCCCCCUCCCCAUCUACAUCUCCGCAAUGGGGCAUCUCGGCCGCGGGCAUCCAGGCGGGGAAGUCGCGCUCGUCCGCGCCGCCGCCAGACGCGGCGCACACGUGCUCCUGAGCACCGUCACAACCCAACCGAUCGAGGAAAUCGCCGCGGCUCUCGCUGACGAGCAGAAGAAACUCGCACAGACUAACUCGGCGGACGCGGUUUCCCCGUCGUGUCUGCAUUUCCAGCUGUACGUCCGCCCCGACCGCGCCGUAACCCGGUCCCACAUCCGGCGCGCGAAAGCCGCGGGCGCGAAGACGCUGUGGCUUACGGUCGACACGGCGGUCCUCGGAAAACGGACGCUAGACCGAAGGACACAGGCUCUCGAAGCACUGGAGGCGGGUCUUCCUGAUGCGGCGGAGCGCGCGGCGUUGGGGCAGCGGAGUCAUGUUAAUCAGUCUAUGUUCGAGCCGGGGCUGAGCUGGGACGAUGUCGCGUGGGUGAAGGCGGAGUUCGGCGGGCCGGUGGUGUUGAAGGGGGUGCAGACGUUUGAGGACGCGAGGAUGGCGGUUGAGGUUGGGGUCCAGGGCGUGGUGUUGAGUAAUCAUGGGGGGAGACAGGCUCAUUCGGCGCCGGAGGCGUUGGCUACGCUUUUGGAGAUUAGGAGGUAUGCGCCGGAAGUGUUGGAUAAGAUUCAGGUUUUUGUGGAUGGGGGGUUGAGGGAUGGCGCGGAUGUGUUGAAGGCGAUUUGUUUGGGGGCGACGGCGGUGGGGGUUGGGAGGCCGUUUUUUUAUGCGCUGGGGGCGUAUGGGGAGAGGGGUGUUGAGAGGUGUUUUGAUAUUUUGGCGGAGGAGCUGGUUAAUGGGAUGCAGCUUUUGGGGAUUAAGUCUCUAGACGAGGCGGGCCCGGAGUUGGUUAAUGCGAGUCGUUUGAUUAAUGAGAUGUGGCAGCCGGAGAAGAGUCGUUUGUGAGGUUUUAUGCCGGAUAGACUUGGUAGUAGACAGGUCUGAGUAUUAGGGGUUGGAGUUGAUGCGAUGUAUUUUAGGCAUAUGUAUGGCUCCUAUGAUGCAUUUUUAUUAUGUAGAGGCUGACUGAGAUUCUAGAUUAGAUUGAUAGUAUCAGAAUAUUUCUUUCUAUUUUUCUACAGAGAUUUAAUAAAAGGAACAUACCAAAUAUAUACAA